UUGCGUCGUCGGCAUUUCGUACAGGGUUGCUCAACUUCCUCAAGGAAGGACUCAUUUUUUCCCUCCAGACUGGGCGCCUUAACCUGUUAUAUAGUCAGAGCUCUAGCCUGUUGUAAUCUCAGUCAGAGGAUUGGCACUCUUCUGCUAACAGGCUUCCUUUCAACCAGAAGAGCAAUAUCGUCAAUGACUUCCAGUUACAAACGACUGCCGAUUUUCGAUGCAGGUGGCACGACGAUAUGCGUGGAUUACUUCAGCCGGCAAUUAGCCGAAAAGAAACGACCGGUGCUGUUCUUUUUGACACAUGCCCAUUCAGACCACACCACGGGUCUUAGCAAGCGCUGGAAGUAUCCAAUAUAUUGUUCAAGAGUGACGGCGAAACUCAUCACCUACAUGUUCCAGUUGGACAACAGCGUCGUUUGUCCCCUGGAGUUGGAUGUGGCUCACGUCAUGACUUCGGAUGACAAUGAACCGGGCGACGUCAUGACGACGGUGACACUGACCGAUGCCAAUCACUGUCCGGGUUCGGUGAUGUUUCGCUUCGAUGGUGCUUUCGGUCGAGUGAUAGUUACGGGUGAUUUUCGGUUCGAAUCUUGUUCAUGUGUACCCGAGUCUUGGAUCUCUCUGCCAUUUCCCACGCGGGAGGAAGCGCAACGCAUGUCCCUAGAUAUCCUUCGCUAUCGUCCGGCCAAAUACAUUUACUUGGUGAUGCCUCAGACGAAGCUGGGCAAGGAGGAGCUAUUGGUCGCGAUCGCCAAUAGCCUCGGCGAACGUAUCCUGGUUUCAAGGGAGCGGAUGAACAUCGCUCGCCUGACUGGCAUUCCAGAUGUAUUCACUCUGGAGGAGAGCGAGGCUCGCAUCCGCGUUCUUGACCUGAAGUCUGCCCGUUCUUUGUACAACUCAUAUAUGCUUUCUUCGCCUAAUGUUUUCUACGUGCCUUAUAGCGACCAUUGCAGUCACGCCGAACUGAUCAACUUCCUCAACCUCUUUAAUUCCGCCCACUCCAUUCAUUUGUCCAUUCAAAUAUGUUCAGUCACAUAUUUGUUCACACGUCUAUUCUUCCAUUGA